AGCUCAGCCCCUUCGACUGGAGGCUCGGGUUUAUCUGGAAGCAAAAGGAGCCAUUCAGGAGCUGCACGCCGCGAGGAGAAGGAAGGCUCCGUCUCCAAUACUGGGGAGGAGUGAGGGAGGACCAGGAACAGGAGAGUCAAAGUUUUUUCAGCCUAAUUUCAGGAUUGUGAGGGUGACUGGGACUCCAUGGCGAUGAUUUGUGCUUUUUGGCUGCUGUUGCUGUGCCAGCUUUUAACCUCAUCCUCAGCACAGAGGCCGGGCCCCAGAGGAGCUCCAGGACCACAAGGACCCCCAGGGCCACCAGGGAGAGAUGGCGCUGACGGAAAACCAGGUCCUCCUGGACUGUCUGGAAGACUGGGUCCCAAAGGGAAAGCAGGAAUACCAGGAUUACCAGGAAAACCAGGUCUGGCAGGAUUUCCUGGGAUAGACGGUUUGACAGGUCCAGACGGCCCUGCUGGGAGGGACGGACCUCCAGGGGAAACUGGUGAACCUGGACCUGCUGGGCUGCCUGGACCUCCCGGCAGAGGGAAACCAGGAGCUCCCGGUCUACCUGGAACCAACGGAUUGCCUGGUGGAGUGGGACCCCAGGGAGCGGCAGGUGCUGAGGGUCUUCCAGGGCUUCCUGGGCCUCCUGGUCCUGAUGGACCCCCAGGUCUUCCCGGCACUCUUCACGAUGUGAGCGGCGACCUUCUGUGUCCUGCCAUCUGUCCCCCUGGUCCCCCAGGUCCCCCUGGAAUGCCUGGAUUCAAAGGUCACACAGGACAUAAAGGAGACAAGGGAGAGUCUGGGAAAACCGGGGAGCAGGGUGACGCGGGUCCACCUGGCCCACCAGGCAUUCCCGGUACCGUGGGUCUACAGGGCCCACGUGGUCUGAGGGGGCUGCAGGGCCCGAUGGGACCAGUUGGCGACAGAGGUCUGUCUGGUUUCAGGGGCAAGCCUGGCAUCGCUGGCAUCAUUGGAAAGACAGGUGAUGCUGGAUCUAAAGGACCACAGGGAUUUAGAGGGCCGAAAGGAGGCAUUGGAAAAAUUGGUUCCAAAGGAGCUUCUGGGGGAGCAGGACCCAAAGGGGAGCCCGGAAUUCCGGGCAGAGAUGGAAAAGAUGGCACACCAGGAUUGGAUGGCGAGAAGGGUGAUCCUGGACGCCAUGGUGUAGUUGGAGAGAAAGGACCCAAUGGACUUCCUGGUCUUCAAGGAAAACCUGGUGCAAAGGGCUCUACUGGAGAAGUUGGUGAUUCAGGGAAACCUGGGGAGAUGGGGUCCUCUGGAGAACCAGGUAUUCCUGGAGACAUUGGCGUCCCAGGAGAGCGGGGAAUACCAGGACCCAGAGGAGUUGCUGGCGGCAUUGGAGUGAUGGGAAACCCAGGGCCUCAGGGAGGUAAAGGCUUCCAGGGGGUAAAAGGCGGUCUUGGUGAUCCAGGUCUGCCAGGGCCAACAGGAAUCCGUGGAGAGUUUGGUGAACGGGGUCCAGUUGGAGCUUCAGGCGCUAAAGGAGACAUGGGUGUCGCAGGAAGUGAUGGUUUACCAGGAGAGAAUGGAGAGCCUGGUCCUUUUGGACCAACUGGACGGAAAGGAGAGUCAGGGAAACGAGGUGAACUAGGACCUAAGGGUGUGACAGGUCCACAAGGAGAGCUAGGGCCUAGAGGUCAGCCAGGUACACCAGGAUUAAUGGGCUUCCAAGGGGAACAAGGUCUGCCUGGAAUAGUGGGAAAACCAGGCGUGCCUGGAAACCUGGCAAGUGAACAGCGCAUCAGAGAGCUUUGUGGUUCAAUGAUCGAUGAUCAGAUUGCACAGCUGGCCGCUAACCUCCGGAGACCCCUAGCCCCUGGAAUGGUGGGUCGCCCUGGCUCUCCUGGGCCUCCAGGAAAGCCAGGUGUUGCUGGAUUUAUUGGGCAUCCAGGUGUCCGUGGUCCACCAGGGUACACAGGCCUGCCAGGAGACCUGGGAGAUCCUGGUGCCAGAGGUGAUGUUGGUGAGCCGGGUGACAAGGGACCAAAUGGAAAAGCCAUUGAUGGGCCCACUGGAGAUCAAGGACACCAAGGUCUUCCAGGGGUUCCUGGUAUAGCCAAAGAUGGCCGUGAUGGAUCUCCAGGAGAUCCAGGUGAGCCUGGAGAGCCAGGCAGGGUAGGAAGGACUGGACACCAGGGACCUCCUGGAAUCUGUGACACAUCAGCCUGCCAGGGAGCAUCAGUCGCUGGGAAGUCCUCAAAUCCCAAAAACCAUUAAACAUUACUUCACCACAAGGAGGACUGAUGAUAAGUGAGAGAACAAAAGGACGGAAGAAGAGGGCAAUCACAAAACUAUCCUCUUUAAUUAAAUAACGUGUAUCACAAGAUGAGAAACGCAACAUCAACAGGUGUGAUUAUCUUAAGAGGAUUAGUGGAACCUUCAAAGAGCACAAUUAACACCAGAUGAACCAUAAGACAAAAAAAAGACAGAAGGAAACAAAGAAAUCAAGGUGACAUCGAUAAAUAUAUAAAGUGGACAGAAGCACAAGAAUUCAAGACAACAGCUGCAUUGCUCCAAAAACUGACAGAACAAGAAAAAUGAACAAUGGAUUUUCUUUUUUUAAAAAGGUUUAAAAAAAAAAACUUUAUACGUGUUUCCAGGCACCACAAGCAAAGCACCAUGUAUGAAUUGUAAAAGUAAUAAAAAUACCCAGGUGUGGAAACAUUGUAUAUAUUAAUGCAAAAAAAAAGUUUAGAACAUUUUUUGUUGUUGUUGUUUUUACAGCAUUUUAAUUAGAGAAGAAAGUGUAACUGUGGAUAAAGAAAUGUGAAACUGUAAAAUCUCAAAAUUUUAGGACCACAGUAAUUUUCUUUUUUCUAAUUUGAAAUGACCACAUCCAUGAUGUACUACCAGUGCUGUAAUUAUUAAAUAUACAUGACUUUACAUGCUAUUUAUUAUUUGUGAGUGACUGUGUGUACAGUAAGAUGCUACAGCGCCAUGUUGUAAGAAAAAAACAAACAAAUAAAGCCACUUUUCAGU